AUGGUGGAGGAAUUCGAAAAAAUCAAGACUUCUGGAAUGAGCAAACUGGUCAACAUAACUGCUCAUACUCGUCUCGCAGAGGUAAACAGUAGCUUUGCAGCCAUGGUCAGCAAAGCUGAAGCGCUGAAGGAACGUGUAGGGACAGAAUCGUUAAUUGUCACAGUUAAUGUGGUGUCUCAAUUUGUUCGUACACUUCUGCGGGAGGAUCCAAUGAAACUUGGUAUCAAGAUGGAGUCCACCGUGCUAGCUGGGCUUGCGCCACAAAAUGUUCUAUCUAUGAGUUACACAGACCGCAAGUUAGCUGCCAAGCAAGGGAUACGAAGUGGUCUAAAUGAGAGUCUAGUCAAGGUUACUGAGAACCCAAACACAACGCUAGAAUUUAUCCGCUAUGAACGCAUGGUUCAGGAGCAUCUAGCAAAGUUGGUUGGGUGGUGUCACAAUGAAUGGGGUAACCCCAGCAAUCUGAAAGGUGGAGUUGACACGCUAGAGGCUCUUGCAUGGGCAGUUUCAGAUGAGAAGUGCAAGUUCGUUCGAAUUACAAGACAGGAAGCUGAUGAACGCAUCAAACACAUCAAGGCAGGUGAGAUAUUGACUCCAAACAAAGUAGAUCAAGAACCAGAGGAGAGCCCUGUCAUCCCUGUUGACAGCAACACUUAUACUAACCAGAUAGAUCAUCUUCCUACAUCCAUGUCAUCAUCUUCUCCCACAUCACCAGAACAUGCCAUGCCACUCACACCCGCUCAAAAUGUUGCCUCAGGUCCAGCCCCUCGUACUACUAGUGAGAUCACCAAUGAUCUCAUUGAUCCUGCACUUCGAGCCUCCCCUUCUAUCCCAAAUGUCUCCAUAUCAUCACCUCCACUUGCUACAGAAACUUCAUCAUCUCAUGGGUCGCACACAGAGUCUCUUCUACCCAACACUCAGCCACCAAACGGAAAUCCAUUCUUAUUAACUCCCUCAGCAUCCAACUCAACACUUUUGCAAUCCAAUGUUCUCGCAAUUUUGACGAACCACAAGCGAGGUGCCCAACAUGUUGCAGAUGGACUCAGAGUGCCGUCGAAGCGGAGGAGGAAACUAACUGAAAAGGCAGCACUUUAUGUAGCUUCAAGGAAGUCGAAGAAGUCGAAGAGAGAUAGAAAGAGCACUGCUGUUGUAGAAUCAGAUGAGGAGAACAGGUGGGAGGAUGUCAACAAUGCUAGCACAUAUUAG